AUGUCCGAGUUAGUACAGAUAUACAAUAUAUUAGCCAAGUUAGACGCAAGCGGAAAUGUAGUAGAAUUAAUAGCACUGUCGGAAUAUUUAGAUGAUCAACAAUCGGAAGAUGGAUCAGAAUCGUAUUGUAAUACCGAUUUAGAUGAAUUAUAUGUUGAUCCAUUUGAUAGUCGAUAUACUUCUAGUGAAGCAGGUGAAGAAGAUGAAGAAGGAUUCUCAAAAACAAAUUUCCAAUCCAUAACAUCAGUGAUAACGCCAGCAACAGUGAGAAAACAUUAUUUCCAUGGUCAACAUAUGCGUGAUUUUGGCUGUUAUCUUCAAAAUAAAUCACAGCGAUUUAUAGAAAAUUACACGAAACGAAUAGAAAAUAACACGGAAAAAACAUUGAAAAAGAAAAAAAAUUCAUCAUUUGAAGAACAACUCCCAGUUUUUGACAGGGAAGAAAUUAUGUGGCCUGAAGAUGGUGAGGUAUGGUUUUACCAUGAAAUAAAACAACAAUGUUAA